AUGUCCGACUCCACUAAGUCUCCAGCCCCCAGCUCUUCCGUCGCGGCGCCGACUGCCAAGUUCAGCGAGCGCGAGCUCCAGAUUCUCAGCUGGGCGAUGCAGUCCCUGAAGUCUGGUCCUCCUGAGAUCGACAACGAGAAACUUGCAGAGUUCGCUGGCAUGACCAACCCUCGCUCCGCUAGCAACGCCUGGGCCGCCCUCAAGAAGAAGCUCAUGGCGCCUGCUGACCCCAAUGCCCCCCCCCCUCCUACUCCCAAGCGCGGCGGUGGUCGCAAGAAGAAGGAGGCCGACGGAGAGGACGGUGAGACCACUCCUAAGAAGACGCCUCGUAAGCGCGCCGCCAAGGAGGCUGAGGAUGGCGACGCUUCUCCCAAGAAGAAGGGUCGUCCCGCUAAGGCCAAGCCCAGGCAAGAGCCUGAGGAUGAGGAUGCAAAGGCCAAGGCUGAGCCUGACUCCACCGACUCCAACGACCUCAAGCCCGAGGCUGGGGCUGAGGCCGAGGAGGAGGAGGUUUAG